AUGAAGGCUUUGCAAACCACACUAACCUCGGAUUCGUUCCCAUCCCGAUUCAUCUUCACGGGGCUGAUGGCAGAGACAAGUGUCAUUCAGCAGGGCUUCAACUCGAAUGCACACCCAGCCUAUGGCCCGGCUGGUCAUUUCUAUUCCCAAGCCAGCAAUCUACGAUCACAUGUCAAGCGGCUUGUGGAUCAAUUGAAGCAGACGGACCCUUCCAAUGCUUUACGAGUUUAUCUGGAAGAUAGUGUACAUGAUUUUGGCCAUUUUGGAGAAAAGCGCCUUCAAAAUCGAAAUGCAACUUCAGAAACACCGAGGCUGCGAGCACAAGAUCUUCUAUUGUCUCUCGUCACAGUUGCGGAUCACUCAAGCAAUCCUGUAAACCGGCUUACCCUGGGUGACGUACACUUAAACGACUUUCUGUCCGAUCUGAGAGAACAGCUUUUUAACACUGGUGAUCUGAUGAUGAGUAUUUGUUGUUUGGCACCAACCCCAUUUGCAGACGUCGAUGCUAUUAUGUCAUUGAGGUCCAAGAUAUUUGGCACACCUUCUCGUAUCCGCCGAAAGCACGAAGCUCCACGAGUCGGUGUGAUCCUUACCAUUGACGAGUACUGGCUCUUUGGCAAUCAGAUUCGGGAAGAUCUGCUCGGGUUGACAGAAACAGAAUUGGACGUCUUGACACCAAAUGAAGACUUUCACGCUCUAGUUUCGGACCGCACAUCAUUAUUUCGCGAUCAAGGGUGGACCAUUUUUGAUUUCGAAUGGUGCUGCGUUGCCCCAGCAUGGACUUGGUGGUUCAAUAUGUACAUCUGGGCAUUUCAUACCACUCAACCAGGGGUCGAAAAGGUUACUUUGUACAUUCAACAAAUGAAUCCCAGCUGCCAGGUGUUGCUCGCCUAUAAACAGACUCAGGACGAAUCAUAUUCGAAUGUGAGAAAGUUCUUAAUCGCUUCUCGAACAGCAUUUGAUGCAACAUCUUUGGAUCUGAAAUCACCCCAGGUGGCUACAGUCCAUCUAUUGCUAUCAAUUCUCUUCCUUCUUUGUGAUGGCAAUACCAAGUUCCGAGACUCCUUCUUUCAGCGCAUAUCUCACAUGAGGUUGAGCGGUCGCAAAAACCCUUCCCGCUACAAGAUCAAUUUCCUCUUGCAUCUGGAUGACCACAGGCAGUGCGCACUUCGAGGUCUACAAAGAGCAAGAGAUCUGGUACACGACAUUGAAGACUUUGCGAAACGGCCGUUGUCCGUAAGCUCGCAGGCUUUAGACAGUAUACGUGAAAGAUGUGAUGAACUCGGUACGAACCUGAGGAAUCUUGAACAUGACCUCAGCAGCCUCGAAGGGAUGCUGAUGCAGACUCGUGACAUGAUAAAGCUCCAGAUUGACCUACAACAGCUCACAUACUCCGGUGUUAUUGCUCUUCUCGCUGCAGUUUACUUGCCCUUCUCGUUUGUAGCUGCCCUGUUUGGAAUGAAUGUCAAAGACCCUUUGUGGCAAGCAAAUGCAUCACAGUCGAUGAGCAUAACCACGGCGGCCGUAGGCAGUGCCACUGAACCGAGUCUCCAGAAUCCGACGACAAAUAUUGUCGCAGCCAUUGAAGCGAUCACAACGUCUACGACGUCCAGUCUGGUCGCAGAAGCUACCACGACCCUUGCCGAGGCUUUCAUUGACGCUCUCGAGAGUCAGCCAGGCCCAUAUCUCUUCACCUUCAAAAACUUUUGGUAUAUCGCAGUCUCUGUGACAGCUGCCGCCAUAUUCUUACCCCUCUUAAUCGGCGGUGCUUUCCGAGAGACGGUUCAAUUUUCCUAUAAUCACAGAGAAAUAUGGAUAACACUCGUUUUCAUUGUUGCGAUAAGCGGCUCCACUACGCUCAGCAUAUUUGAAGGCUUUAUCGCGGCAUGGGCUCUAGGAAUGCCACAGGUUCUGUUAGCUUUGAUCAUGCUUCUUCGGAAAGCAAGAAAACCAAAGAAGACCAGGCGCUUGCAACGAUGGAUUGUUUACGCAUCAAUCCUGGAAAUGGCCGGAGGCACGCACGGCAAGCCCAUCUGGAAGGGCAACCACCCCGUCCGACAGAUCAACCCGCAACGACCACUUUAUCGGUUUGCCGCAACUGGCCUCGGAGCCGCCAUGUGGUUCUUUUUAUUCUACAGAGCGAAGCAGGAUGGCGCGGCACUGCUUGGAUUAAAACACCCUUGGGACCAUUGA